UGGUGCACUGUUUGCAGCGAAUAUUUUCAAAUUCACCUUUUGGAUGUGCAGAUGAUAGAACAAUAACUAGAUAACACUUUAUUGUUACAGUAAUUUACACAUAUCUAGAAAAAAUUCUGCUAUAUGUAGAACAGAAAAUCAUCAGUUAUGAGUUUCUUUGGUUUUGGCCAAAGUGCUGAAAUCGACAUUGUACUGAAUGAUGCGGAAACGAGAAAGAAAGUGGAACACAAAACCGAGGAUGGGAAGAAGGAUAAAUAUUUUCUUUUCUAUGAUGGAGAGACGGUGGCUGGAAAGGUAAACAUUACUCUCAAAAACCCCGGGAAGAGGCUCGAACACCAUGGCAUCAAGAUCGAAUUUAUCGGACAGAUUGAACUGUACUAUGACAGAGGGAACCACCAUGAGUUUGUGUCUCUAGUGAAGGACUUGGCCCGCCCAGGGGAACUCACCCAAUCCCAGACCUUUGACUUUGACUUCACGCAUGUAGAAAAGCCUUAUGAGUCGUACACAGGCCAGCAUGUCAAAUUACGCUACUUUUUGAAGGCAACGUUAAGCCGAAGACUGAAUGACACCAGUAAAGAACUGGAUGUUGUUGUGCACACGCUCAGUACCUACCCAGAACUGAACUCCUCAAUCAAGAUGGAAGUUGGAAUCGAAGACUGUUUACACAUCGAGUUUGAGUACAACAAAUCAAAAUACCAUGUUAAAGAUGUGAUUGUGGGAAAGAUCUUCUUCCUGUUGGUGCGGAUCAAGAUCCGACACAUGGAAAUAGACAUCAUCCGGCGUGAGACGACGGGAGCGGGCGCGGCCGUGUACCACGAGAACGACACCAUCGCCAAGUACGAGAUCAUGGACGGAGCGCCAGUGAGAGGAGAGUCCAUCCCCAUCAGGCUGUUCCUGGCGGGCUACGAGAUGACGCCCACCAUGAAGGAUGUGAAUAAGAAGUUCUCCGUGCGCUACUACCUCAACCUGGUUCUGAUCGACGAGGAGGAGCGCCGUUACUUCAAACAGCAGGAGAUCUCUCUGUGGAGGAAGGGGGACAUUGUGAGGAAGAGUCUGUCCCAGCAGGCGGUCCUGGCUGCCCAGCGCUAUGAGGGCUCCAGAGCAGAGGAGGCCCUGGCCCGCUAUGAGGGCUCCGCCAGAGCAGAGGAGGCCCUGGCCCCUGACCAUGACAGCUGAGCCACAACACACUCCAUCUCCCUGUGUGUGUCUGUAUGUGUGUGUGGUACAUGUUACAUAUUUGGUGUUCAGCUAGGAGAACCUUAUCACUGAACUAUUACUGGAGUGAAACAAAGUCCUUCCUCAAAAUGGCCUUCCAGUAUUUGUGUCUUCAGAAAAAGAAAAAAAAGAAAUCUCCCUUUUCCGGAUUCUUGAUUUGUUGUUUUCAGGUUAAAUACUAAACUUCCAGCUAAAUUUCCAAAGCACAACAACCUGCAUCCUGCAGCGACUUGCUGAAGUUUGCUGCUGCAGAUUAGCUGUCCUCAGCAGCUUCAUAGUUAGAAAACUAAAAUCCAGCAGAGCAGGGCUGUUCACCAGCAGAGCUGUUCACCAGCAGGGCUGUUCACCAGCAGGGCUGUUCACCAGCAGGGCUGUUCACCAGCAGGGCUGUUCACCAGCAGGGCUGUUGUCUGAUGGGUACCAGGGAGUCAUGUCAUCUGUGAUGCUGUGAGGAUCUUAAUGCUUCAUUGAUUCUCAGUUAAUAGGAUUUGUAAGUAUUCUUAACUUGUGCCUUCACUCUAGGAGUCUGUGGAAUUAGGUUUUGAGAUCCUGGAAAGGAACUAAGAUUGUGAAACUCUAAGGUCUGCGUUGAGCCUUUAACAUAAUUUC